AUGAGAUUGCAGUUUUCAGAUGAGGCAAGUCUCCCGUUCUGCUUUGAAGGCAGCAAACACGGAGACUGGAAGCAUCAGCACUGUGAAGUGAGGGUCCUCACCACAGUCCCGGGUUCCAACCGUCAGUUCUUGGACGUGACCAUUAUUCCACGUCGACACCUCACAAAUGAGAAACAUAACGAGACUCUGGUAGCCAUCACCCACCCAUGUGAAGAUUAUGAAAGAUGUGAGAGCAUGGAGCUCGAUGACAAAAUCCGGGAUCUGAUAGCAGGCACCCCAGAGGCCACAUCCAGUCUCAGAAAUGGCCAUUCUCCACAGACUCUCCGAAAAUCAGCUGGCUCAUCUUCCCGGGACAUGGCUGCACGGAGCGGGUCAGGAGCUUAUACAGAGCAUGCGCAGUGUGCUCCAUCAAGAAGAAAGGACUUGACAAGUUCUCUUGAACAAAAGAUAAGGCACUUAGAAAAACAGAGGCAAGAGCUCCUGGAAGUCAAUCAACAAUGGGACCAACAAUUCCGAAAUAUGAAAGAGUUAUAUGAAAGAAAGGUCCUGGAGCUGAAAACGAAACUAGCAGCCACAGAAGACAUCCACAUCCUAGAGAAGAAACAGAAACAAACAGAGGGCUACAGGCAGCUAGAGAAAGAGAAGGAAAGCCUAAGGGAAGAAUUGCAAGCGCUGAAGAGGGAGAAUAAGCUGUUGAAGGAAAACAAUGCUCUCGAGAGUAGGAAGAAAGAACAUUAUGCAUGUGAAAUUAAACGACUCAAUAAGGCUCUUCAGGACGCCUUGGCAAUCGGGAGCUCUUCUCUUUCUGAGGGCUCAAGGAAGUGUAAAGGCAGGUGCAGCCAUGCAGAGAUGAGGCCAAAGGUGGAAAGUCACAAGCAGCAGCCAGAGUAUCAGUGGAAUGUCCUUAACCAGCUUCCUCCACAUGUACAGCACAAGGCACAUGGUUUCUCCUCGGAAAGGAAAUUCAACCAAUAGUUGCUCACAUUAGCAGAGACGAGUGAUGGGCUCUCAGCUGUGGCCACUUUGCUUCUGCAGGACAGCUAUGCAUGUUCUCUGAGAUUUGUUCCUGGUUAUCUUCCUUUUGGACUGAAUACAGGAAAAAUCAGGACCACUGAGACACAAGAGAGCCGCAAGGACACUCCGUAACCAAGUCGCGCUUUUCUCCACAAAUGAGACAGGGCAGCUGGUUAUAUUAUAUGCUGUUCCUCAAAACUCUCUUCAACUAACUGCUGAUGGGUUUUCAAAGAUGAUUCCAGGACUUACAUGACUCCAGCUAUGGUGCUGUCACAUUAUAUGCCGAUUUAGAAUGUAUAGAUAUUAAGCCGGCAAGGUGGCACAUUCCUGUAAUUCCAUGGGAAAGUUGAGGCAAGAGGAUUGCAAUGAGUUUAAGACCAGCCUGGGUUGCAAUACAAGUGCCAGAUCAGCCAAUUCUCCAUCUCAAAAAUUAAUAAUACAUGAUAUAGUCUUUGGGAGAAAUCCUUCUUCCAUAAUGGCUAACUUAGUUCUUCAUCGAUUUGACAGUUGGACUGUUAAUAAGUAAUCAGUUCAUCAUUACUGAACUUGAAACUAAAUGAAUUUGAAUAGAAAAUCAAAUGGCCUAUAGACUCCCCUGUCAGAAGUCGUGAGCCUCUUUUGUCCUUAGGUAAAAUGGAAUAUGAAAGAGUAAUGUCCUGACAGGAUGGUGAUGGUCUCCUUCUGUCUAUUUAUAGUUAGCAGAAAUUGCCAAAUAUAUGCAUUGAAGUUCUGUCUCUUUGCCAUCUUGUGGAUUUGACCAGUGGUUUCAGAAAACUUAAUUAUGACUUUUUGAACUAAUUAACCUGAAAAUAAUACAUACCUAAGUUUUACUGCAGUUGAAUUACAAAGGAUCUAUCAGAUUUCUAAAAGAGUUCUGUUUGUAAGAAUGAAUGUUCCUAACAAGAGUGUGACAUCUGCAAAUAUCUCACACUUCCAGAUGAACUUAAAUAAAACUAGGAACAUCCAGGGCAUGUGCAAAUAAAACAACCGGAUCUAUCUAGCUUCACUUCCAAAAUUAUGCGGCUUGUCUAACUCAAACUAUUUUGG